AUGACGUCUCAUGCUCUCGCGUCCUGUUUCUUUUGUCGCCGCAGUAAACGGAGAUGUGACAAGAAUCUGCCGACAUGUCAGCUGUGUAUCAAAAAAGGCUUGAAGUGCAGCUACCCCCACAGACGCGGCCAACGUGCUGCCUCACCUCCCUGCGGUGUCCAUGGAUCAGAAUCAGGCGAUGAUUCCAAUUCAGCCCAUGCGGAGCCUGUCGUAGCACAAAGCAGUAAUGUACCCCAGUUUCAGCCCGUCUCGUCUACUUCUUCGUUUGCUGUGAACGCCGCCAUUAGUUUCCUCGCACCCGAUCUCUUCCGUGAGGCUGGGUUAGAAAUUCCUCGCCUGGACCUAGGCAUUCCGGACGAAAUUUCCUUGCACCUAGGCGAUAGCCAGCAGGUUCUGGAGACAGCCAGCAAGUUCUUCCAGAUGACAUGGAUGCCUAUCGUCAGUCGGAAGCGCCACUUAGCCGCUGUACUCAAUCCGUUAUCACCAUCCCGACGUCCAACAGUCUUGCUAAAUCUGUGCAUGAAGCUGUGCUGCUUGCCAGUAAAUGAUGAUGAAGGCCGAAAACGGACCUCGUUGUAUCGAUCAAUCAAGAAAUUCUACUCCGAAGUGGAGAGUACAGAAGACUUGUGUGUUCAAGUUUUACAGGCCGCUAUAUUCAUUGCGGUUUUUGAGAUCGGUGAUGCGAUCUACCCUGCAGCUUAUUUGACGGUCGGAGGUUGUGCCCGUUAUGGUAUCGCCAUGGGUCUGGACAAGAUCAAUAAAACUAGGUUGGGUGGAGAGCAUAAUCGUACAGCGUCUUGGAUGGAGAUUGAGGAGAAGCGAAGGGUUUGGUGGGCUAUCUUAAACCUGGACCGGUCCGUCACUUCCCAUACAAUUUUCCUUUUCCUGGUCAUUCCGAUUCGGGAAAAUUGUAAUGCUCGGCAGCAUAUAACCCAGCAAAUUGACGCAUCUUGA